GAAUAAUCUGUUUAGGGUUAAAAACAAAACAAAAAAAACAACAAAAAACAAAAAAAGAAUAUAUAAUGGAAUGAUAAGUUGUUGGGAAUUUAAUUAUGAUCCUCAUCUUCUCAGGCAUUUGGACACUGCUGAACAAUCAUUCAUCUUCAUAUUGCAAUGGAGCACAACUCAACACAAACUGUGGCCUCAGACGCUGUGAUUUUAUUUGAUAGCUGUCAAGUACAACUUUCACAGUAUGUACAACAGCAUCGCCUGGCCACAAACACAAAACUCUUCUCGUUUCUGGCUCUCUUGAACGCGUACGUUCCUGACUCCUACAUCACGAUGGAUGACUGUCGACGCAUCCUUGGACCACCUGAUCCCAUCCAUGGAGGCCCCCCCUUUGAAGAAAGAAUGGAGCCUUUUACUGUCUUGAUCAAAACGUCCGGUCCAGUCCCUGGAAGUGUUUGUAUGAUUCACCCAGAGAUCGCAAAGAGCGCUGUCAAGCUACUUGCUUGCAUGAAAAUUUCCAGGACUGAUACAACGAAACAGUUCUUGUACUCACAAUAUAAGGCCCGGCCCUAUAUGGUAGAAUUCAUCAAAGAUUUGUUAACAAAGAGAGAAAUGGCAGAGCAUGGUAAAGACAUGUUCUCAAGAUUGAUCCAUGAUAUAUAUGAAAGACAGGGCUUUAAGGAGUCUCGUUCUGUUAAUAAGGAGCAGGAAUUCAAGCAGGCUGAUUCUGUUUAUGAGAAAAAGAACUUUCAUCAGGCUCUUUCUGUCUUGGAAAUGGCAUCAUAUAAAUUCAGGCAUAAGCGAAAUUUUCCACAAACCAUUGCUCGUCUAUAUUAUCUAAAGAAACGUGACUAUAACAAGGCUGAAGAAUGGGCACAGGAAGCCAUCGCAAGAGCUCCAAACAACUCAUAUGUGGCUGACACUCUUGGACAAAUUCAUAAAAACAAUUUAUUAAAGAAAGUCAAACAACAGAAGGAUGUUGAGGAAAUAGCAAAAAAGGCCUAUUCAGCAUUUAAAGAUGUGGAGGAGAAAGCUGAGAGGGAAGAGGGCCCAGAGAUGGAGGGCACACCUGGUGUUGUAAGCACUUCAGACUCCUUCAACAACAGAGGCCUUUUUGGCUUCAUUCAAGUGGCAAAGAUAGUCUUUGAAGAACUUGGUGAAACACGUGCUGCAGCUUCUUAUCCAAACUUACAAAUGGAAGUAGAAGACAAGUUUGACUUCUUUGAAUGGUACCUGACCUACUCCAAGCCUGAUAUGAAAACCUUUGAACCACAUUUCUUCUGGAGGGACGUUGCACUCUGUUAUAAACAGUACACUGGCAAAACAGCAGCUGAAUCCACCAGCUUCCCAGGUCUUCUCAACUGUCUGGAUCAUGGCCUUUUCUCCUCAAAGGGAAGCCGUGCUCGAUUUGAGGAGCCUGAGAACGGUUUACAGCAAAUCCGGGAUGAGUUAAAAACUAUGUAUGAGACAAAUGUUGAUGAUGUCAAAGUGGCAGAGAGGUACAUCCUCUCCAACAUCGUCUUGAGCAACAAGGAGCCUGAUUCUGCUUCACUCAGUCCGGUCCAAGAACUCCAAGAAGUCAUUCACAACUUCCUGCGCAUAGACAGGAGACGUAGGAGUCCUGAGUUUUACCUUUUGGUUCUGUUGUUGUUUUGGCCUGAAGAACCUGAUGAGGUCAAGCAAGAAGAGGAUGUUGAGGUCAAGCAAGAACCUGAACUAGAGGCCACAGAGGAGGACGGAUCACAAGAUAAAACCUGGGAGGAUGUGAACACUGAUGAGGACCAAGACACAGGAGGAGAGGCUGCACAGCCAUCUCCUGAUCUCAUGUCUGACCCUGACCUACAAGACAUCGUGACACUCAUGGAGAACUCAUUUGAGAGAGCCAAGUAUGCCAAGUACCUUCGGGGCCGUUACCUGUUGCCUCUGUUUUUUCUGGGAAAAGGCUCCGGACUGAGCAGAUGGAUUCACAAAUCGAAGCUGGAUGUGGUGGUGGAAACAAUGGUUUUGGACAAGUUAGAAGCUCAAACAGAUGAAGAAGAGGAAAAGGAACAACAAAAGAAGAAAAUGAGGCUGUUUCAUGAUGUGUGGAUCAAAGGGGAAGUGUGGCAUCACCCACAAAUCAAAGAGUUGCUUCUUCCAGUCCAGGUGGAGCCAUGCAACUCUUCCAUGACACUGGAGGAGCAGGAAGAAGUGUUUGUUUGUGUAGGAGAGAAGAAAAUAAAGGCCAGAGUGGAAGAGAAAGUGGAUGAAAGACCACUGAGCACCAUUCUUUACUAUCUUGGCUUCACCAUUCAGGGUCCUGUGGUCUUCAGAGUGGGGGCCCCUCACAGUGAACAAUAAUCAUCCAUGGACACCUUGGAUAAAAGGUGUAAUAAAGAUGCACCAGAUAUUAGCUUCAUAGGUUUGGUACACUUAAUAUGAUUUAUACAGAUACAAAGUUAUGUUAUUUUUUGGCAGAUAAUGUGCUGAGGUUUGCUGCCUUCAUGUACCUUUGGAAAUAUCAGAUCUAAAAUACGUCUUUGAGUUAUUUCACUGGAAUAUGACAAACUAGGAAUUAGACCCAUGUUUAUUGUUUCAUUAUUACAUCUUUUGUUUGGUAAUUGCAUAUGUUGUCCAAAAAAGAAAGAAAUAAACUUAUCACAUUACAA